AUGAAAUUCAUUCAUAUAUUUUUCUUGUUAGAAAAUGAUGAGGAGAUUUAUUUUGACCCCGGAGAUCUUAUCACUGAAGUAGAUCAAUCUGAUGAAAGAUGGUGGAGAGGACGUGGUCCUGAUGGUAGAUAUGGCAAGUUCCCGUCUAAUUAUGUAGAGCUUGUUGAUGGAUCAAAACCAACACCAGAAGUAACAGCCUCUGAGGUACUUAAGCUGGGCAAUGCCUUCUAAAAUAUGACCUGAAAAGCUGAUUUUUUAUUUUUGAAUUUUAAAUGUAUAUAAUGACAUCCUGCAAACAUAUUUGGUACCAAAAUCUUGAUAUAUUUUUGACAUUCUUGACCCCUAGGAAAGUAGAGUAUUAACUAAUUUAUCAGGGUGGAAAUCUGCCAGUAUCAUUACAACUUUGAAGAACCCUCAAAGUAGCCAGGUUUCUUCGCUUGAUCCCCUUCUUACGUUUAGGGAUCGAAGUACCACGAACAAAGUUUCCGUUUCGUAUCAUGCGUUCAACUUUGUUCCUGUUCUCUCAACUAGUUUUGUUUCUUUGUCGCUGUCGCGUUCAUUUCCUUCAUUUUGAAAUGUUACCCUUUGUUUCACCUUUAUUUCCUUUAUUCAAAGUCUUUUCCAUUAAAUUCGCGUUAAUUAAGUCGCGUUUAUUUCUUAUACCUUCAUUUCAAAUGGAGCUUUAAUUCCAGAUCUGGGUAGUGACACGUCAUCAGUAUGGAAUUUCUGCGCUCGUUUCUCAAACGUCAUUUGGCGGGGAAACCAGUGGUAGCGUCGCCAAAUAUCGGCUGUUUUCUCAGGCCAGAAAACAAUGGAAAAAUAAACAUUACCUGAGAUAAGAAAUUAACUAUAACAGCUAUGUUCACACUCUACCGGAUAGCUUUUGCGUCGCCACGAAAACAAUACCUGAUAGGGCUUAUGUUCACAAACAAGAACGGUUGUGGCGGCGCGAUCUCUGUGACAGAGCGAAGCUACGCCGCGCCGAUCUUUAAAGUGGAAAGUCACAUAUCGGAUAGGUGUUCACACUAUACAGGAUGGCUGUUCGGGGCUGCAUGGAAUGCCAUCCGGGGAUAUAGAGUGAACUUAGCCUUGCCCUGAUGGCUGGGUGACAAAGUGGAGCAAAGUUUCUUAAUUAACAAAGGACAAAUCUCAAUGGCAAGGCUUGAACCGAGACUGAAAGAUCUAAAGUUUGACAUAUUAAAAUUGAUGCUUGGUGAUGCCUCCGUCCUGAGGGGUACUCCCCUAAAAUUCAUGUACCUAAAUAUAUGGAUGUAACCAUCAUGUGCAGCCCAAUAAGGUUGUGGUUUUGGGCUCCAGUUCCUUUUCUAAUAAGAUGUCAUAAUUUAUGAAUUGAUGUGUGCAUGCCAAAAUAAUAGCCAGCACCCAUUUUACUUCGUUUUCAUUAAAAAUUAUUACCAUACACUAACUGAAGUUUUUCCCGUAGGAUGAGCCAGGUUUACAAGCAAAAGUACUCUUUGACUAUCAAGCAAGUAUGUUAAAGUGUACAUUUAAGUGUAUGAUACUGUUCUAUUAAUACAAGUGUACCUCAUAGGUAUAAGAGACGUGCAGCUGGUGUUAGUAUCAACUGUAACAUGAGCAGCUCAACAAUAUCUUAUAAUAUGAGAAGUUGAAAGAAGGAAAUAGGAAAUGCAACGAUCAUAACAAUGUUUGGAUCAGGGUAGAAGAGAAAUGAGUGUCUCGUUAUUAGUGUGUGUAAUUAUUUGGACAACAUCGUGUUUCUUGCUAUAAGUUUACAUAGCAGAAGAUAUACAGCAAAUGAAUUUCUUGUUAUUUGUGUUACUGUUUGAUAUCGAGAAGAACGUUUUUCUUUUGCUUUGCUAAAAGUUUAAAAGGAAGAAAAUAUAAGAGUGGUUUACAGUAAAAGCAAUUGAAAAAUGGACGCGCAAUGUGACGUUCAAAUAAAAUUUAAAACAAAUACGUAACGUUACAUGGGCACGCUGACUUUAAGAGGUUCAAAUAAAAUUAAAAUCCACUUUCAGUUCAGCUGGGUCAGGCGUCCGGUGUCUGAAUAUCGAUUCUGCAUUUGAAUAUCAUUCGGCCGUUUGAUGGCAUAAUCCACGUUUUCGCUGACACGAUGUAGACUACGAGUAGUCCCCCAUUUUUCCUCAGGGAUAGUAGAGCGAGCGAAACGCGAAAGGCGACACGCGGCGGGGAGAGAGAAUUUUUCUCUCUCCCCGCCGCGUGUCGCCUUUUCUCGCGUGGGGUGAUUUUCACGCGCGCUCGCGUUUCGCUCGCUCUACUGUCCCUGAGGAAAAAUGGGGGACUACUCGUAGUCUAGACACGAUGAGCCGUACAAAACAUGCUGAGCAUGAUGAUAUUUAAAACGACAACAUGUCAUUGUGACGUUUCAGCGCAAGGAAUCAUGGUAAAAAUCCAGUGCAUUAAGUCCCUUGACCACCUUGAUUGACUGAUCAUUAAUGUUAAAAGCAGAGCAUUAUCAAUCUCAAGAUUCAUAUUUCUUUAUUAUUUUCACACACUUAUUGCAACAUCAGAUCCAUAAAAAAGAGGGAUAAUAAAAAGUAUGUGCAGAGGAGGUCUGUAAACAAAAACCGUGCAGUUAAAAAGUGUUCACAUGCACCUGAUCUCAGUAACUUAGAAGAAGAAAAUGUGCCUUUCAAUUUAACUUAACUGGCAAACACACCUGGGGUUGGGGCAUAAUCGAGACUUAGGACUUAAUUAUAAUUACUUUUGUGGUGUUUCACACACACCCCCACACCCACACCUACACAAUGAAUUAUUAGAAGGGGGCUAAAUACCUUAACCCCUAAGACUGAGUGACAUCCAGUUUCUCCUAACGGCAACAUUAUCAAAAAAAGACACAAGAAAAAUCAAAUGAUCAACAGGUAAAAAAGGUUGUGAUUUAAAGAAAUUCUCCCCACCAGUACCUUAGCAAAUUGUAUGAAGAACAGUGUGGAGAAAAUGCAUGCUGAUAUAGCAGGGCUCAUAAUGGCUGGGGCUGAAUAGAGGAUUAUGCAAAGCGCCCUUGGUUUGAACUAACCAACUCUUAUUAUGUUUGUUCACAGCUGAUGAUACAGAGAUUAAUUUGAAUAUUGAUACUAUCAUCACAAACAUCGAACAACUUGAUGACGGCUGGUGGAGAGGUGAAGCUCCUGAUGGUAGUUAUGGUUUAUUUCCUGCUAACUACGUUGAACUGAUUUAG